CCCCCUCGUUUCUCCUGCGAUUCCUGUGUCUCUCUCUCUAUCUCUUCUAGAUUUUACUUGUACGUUGUUUGGUAACAUGAUGCCAACUGUGUGAGUAAACUCAUGGAGGACCAGAAUCCAACCCCCUCAGAGAGAGGAUCGCUACGGAGAGAGGAAACCCGUCAUGUGGACCUGUUGCAGGAGGCAGACAAAGCAAACACUGUGCGUUCCUCUAACAAAGAUCAAGUCACAUCGGACAUUACACCGUGGCAACAUUCUCCAGGAGCCAUGGAGGAAGCUAACAAGGAGGAGGUGGCUACAGACGAUGCGAGGGCAGUCCAAGCAAUGAAUGCAAGUCAGAAACGAGAUUCUUACAUUAGGUAUGCGCGAAACUUUGAGCACAACCUCGACCCUCAGUGGAGAACUGAACCUGAAGAAGAAGAAUUCCAUGUACUGGAUUUAUCUAUUCACUCCAGAAGAGCAACUGCUGUGCAGGAGAACGGGUAUGAAGAAGAGCCCCGUGUAUCCUUGGAACAAGCCGUAUGUGAAAAAGGGAGAGAGAACAGUGAAAAACAAGAUGGAUCGAGGAAGCGAGAACGCAUUGGCACAGAGAAGAAACCCGUUUCUAAAAAGCGAUUUCACCAGGACACAACCUCCACAGGCCAGGAGAGAAUCCACACAGAGGUCCAAUCCCAUAUAUGUCCAGAGUGUGGGAAGUCCUUCCACUCUUCAUUAACCUUUACAGAACAUCAAAGCUCCCAUACAGGAUACCUUACAAAGCAUCGGGGAUCCUACGCAGGGGGAGAACCAGACAAUGCUUCAGAGAGAGUGAAUACCGAGGACCUAAGACAUAUAUGCGCUGAAUGUGGAAAAUCCUUCAGUUCUCUCCUGUCCUUGACAGAACACCAGCGAUCCCAUACAGGACACCUUGCGAAAUAUCAGGAAACCUACACAGGGGGCAAACUAGAUCUCUCAUCAGAGAGGAGCAAUACAGAGGACCAAGGGUAUACAUGCCUGGAGUGUUGGAAGCCCUUCAGCUCUUUCCUGUCCUUCACAGAACAUCAGCGGUCCCACGCAGGAGAUGCUGCACGAUGGCAGAGAACCCAUGCACGGAAUGAACUAUACACCUGCUCCGAGUGUGGAGAGUGCUUCUAUUCCUUCUCGCUCUUUAUAGACCAUCAAAAAUCCCAUACAAAAGACAAGACUUUUACGCUAGGGAGGGGGCACGUCUUUUCCCCCUGGGUGCUUCCUGACUCCCAAAAAGCUGUUCCUGGGCAGCAGGCCAACAGGGGCCAGGUCUUGGGAGAUCCCUCUUACUCUCUUCCAUAUCUCCCCAUUUGGGUGCCCUAUUCGUUGCCACACCCCACCUUUUCACACCCCCCACUCAUGCUCCCUGUUCCUAAUUUCCAACCCUACAUCCCGACUCCACUUCUGCCAGCACAGACGUCCAAUUCCUACCCACAAGGAUCCACGGCAAGUGCCCCAAGCAUGCUCACACCAAGUGGGUCCCUUCCUCAAGGGGGAACCCCUUCCCGUUUCUCCGGGUCGCAGAAGGACGAAGAAGCCACCUCUGCCGGUAGCAGGUUCGUGGGAGCGAACGAACCUUCAACCAACGUUUCGGAGGACUGGGCAGAGAGCACCCUCAGGCAAAUAUUGGAAACUUCUCAAACGAACCACACUGGCCAACAUCUCUUUCCAUGUUUAGACUGCGGAGAACUCAAAGUCAACGCCACCCAGCUUACUUUACAUCGGCGGGAUUGUAAAAAGGACGGAGCGCUCAGAUGCUCCCGAUGUAAGAAGAGGUUUCCGAACGAACCAAGCCUUCGUGAACAUGAGAAAACGCACACGAGUAAAAAGACAUAAAAGGGAUGAUGGAAUCCCCACACGGGCAAUGGUCCAUAUAAACAUCACCGUCUAAGAAAAUUAGCUUCAGGAGGAAAUGGGCGACGUGAAAUGUUCCUCUAGACUUGUAAACCAUGGUUAUUGCUUUUUCGGUAUUGGGGCAUUCUUCUCUUAGAGCUGCCACAGAAACUCUGAGCGGAGCGAGGCGUUUUUCGAUAGGCCAGAUAUGCGUCAUGGAGAGCAAGCGGUUCUCGGAUCCGUGCAGAAGAGAAAUGGAGGAGAGGAUGGUUUCAAUUACUUAUAUACCUGCUUCAAAGAAUCUCAGCUGGCCUGUGGCCUGGGACAGUAGUCGUUUCUCUUUUUAAUAUACAAGUUUUAUUUGGCUGGCUUACGCCACCUCUCUUUUAACACACAUGUUUUAUUCGGCUAGCUUACGUUACGUCUGAAUGUCUUU